CCCACCAGGACAGGCAGGUGAGCAGGGGGCACGGUGCUGCAGUGAGCCCAGAGCCCUGCAUCCUGGUGGGAACCAGCUGGCACCCACACGGUGCCUGGGGCUGAGCACCCUGGCGUGGGAAGGACGUGGGACUCCAUAUCCCAGCUCCGGGCAAGAGUGAAGUGCAGGGGCUUGGCUGCAGCACGAGAAGGCAGAUGGUACUGCCAGGACAGGUCCCGGCCCUGCUCUCCCCUCUCUGCCACAGGCUGACGGCAUGUCCGAGGUGGGAAAGGGCACCCUGAGCACCCACGUGCUGAACACGGCCACGGGGCUGCCGGCAGCCGGCCUUGGCGUCCGCCUGGCCCAGCUGCAGGAGCCAGGGCUGCAGUGGAUGGAGCUGGCACACAGGCACACGGAUGCAGAUGGGCGCUGCCAGCCCCUCCUGGCACAGGGACAGGCCAAGGCUGGCACCUACAAGCUGCACUUUGAGACAGCUGAGUACUGGCAGGGACUGGGGCACACCAGCUUCUACCCCUUCGUGGAGGUCGUUUUCAUCAUCACUGACCCGGCACAGAAGCUCCACGUCCCGCUGCUGAUCAGCCCCUACUCCUACACAACCUACAGGGGCAGCUAGAGGGGCACAGCCUUCCCCUGGGGACGCAGGAAUGAUGCCACAAGGCCAUUAA